CAUGUGGGUGAGUCCAUGCGGUUGGAGCCGCAGCCAUCAUUAAGCAUUCUUCCAUCGCCAUCGCUCUCGGAGAGGAGAGGAGAACUACCAUCGACUACCAUCGCCAUGUUGUCCGGAAUGGUCCAGUUCCCUGUGCUGGUGCCGCCCACCGUGGACCAGAGCGACGACUGGCUCAUUGCGCACGACAGCGAGACGCAGCUUGCCCAGGAGGAGCAAGAGCUCGAAGAGAAGUGGGCUGAGAUACGAACCACGAAUCAGGACGUGAAUCCACUUGGGAAAUCAACACUUGAGAAUCACGAGGAGGAUUACGUUGAUGCCGAAGACGAGGAUGCUGACAACGGGGAGGAGGGAAGCGAAGUGGAAGAGUUUGAGCAAGAAGCAAAUUGAGUGUGUUCCCUUCCAAUUUCAAAGGCUAUGGAGCUGAUCUCUACUGCCUGGAACAGUGCUGUACAUAUUCGUAGCCAGAACUCCAGCAAAUCUUUCAACGAUUUCCUCUGAAACGCAAACUGAAUCACUUUUUCCCACGAGUAGUUACUUCCGGUAUGAAGGUGGCUCUUACACAGCAUCGAUCCGUCACUUAAAUUGUGUUAUUUUUCCAGGAUUUAGAAGGCUGUCAAAGUUGAACUGUGACACACAUAUCACCUAAAAUUGCUGAAUUCGUCGUUGGAAGGAGAAAAGAGUGUAGGAUCAGAGACCGUAGGAACAUUUUUUACGACUAAACAAAUUACUUUCCAAUGCUAGUGCUAUUCAGCCUUCGUUUUUUCCAAUGCUAGUGCUAUUCAGCCCUCGUUUGUACAUGUGAAUGGGAAUGAUAGGGCCCAAGCGAACAUGGAAAGUUUCUGUUGCAUGUCUGGUGUGAACAGCUAUUAGUUCACUUCUGAAGUUAUGAGAAUCGACAAUCAUGUGAUUGUGAUGUGUACAUUUGAUUUUUUAAA